CCAGAAAGUGGUGACUUGCCCCGUAAGUCUUAAAAAGCGAGCUCACUAUGCUCAUCACGACAUUUGGUUUUAGUAUCAUUCUCCGUCACUUAACGUUUCUUCAGCCAACGCCAUCAAUAGACGAACGAACUCGUAUAAAAUUUCAUUGGCGGGAAACCCUGCAACUGCAACCAGGGUUUUGUUUUGAAAGCACUCAAUCUCACGUCAAACCCUAAUUUGAAAACAUUCUGCAGCAAGUUUUUUAAUCACUAUGGGAGUAAAAGGUUUAACGAAGCUUCUAGCAGACAAUGCGCCGAAGUCUAUAAAGGAGCAAAAGUUUGAGAGCUAUUUUGGACGGAAGAUAGCCGUUGAUGCCAGCAUGAGCAUAUAUCAGUUCCUGAUUGUUGUUGGCAGGGUUGGCAAUGAAACGCUAACAAAUGAAGCAGGGGAAGUUACAAGCCAUUUACAAGGAAUGUUCACUCGUACGAUUAGGUUAUUAGAAGCUGGUAUUAAGCCUGUAUAUGUUUUUGAUGGAAAGCCACCUGAGCUAAAAAAAGAAGAACUUGCCAAGCGGCUAUCAAGGCGAGAAGAAGCUACAGAGGACUUAGCUGAGGCCAUUGAGACAGGAGUCAAGGAAGAUAUUGAAAGGUACAGCAAACGAACAGUCAAGGUAACAAAGCAGCAUAAUGAAGAUUGCAAAAAACUUUUGAGGUUGAUGGGGGUUCCUGUGAUUGAGGCUCCUUCUGAAGCUGAGGCAGAGUGUGCAUCAUUAUGUAAAAGUGGCAAGGUUUAUGCAGUAGCUUCCGAGGAUAUGGAUUCGUUGACAUUUGGCGCUUCAAGGUUUUUGCGGCAUUUGAUGGAACCCUCAUCAAAGAAAAUACCAGUAAUGGAAUUCGAGAUUUCAAAGGUUUUAGAGGAGCUGAACCUUACAAUGGACCAGUUUAUAGACAUGUGCAUCCUUUGUGGGUGUGACUACUGUGAUACUAUUAGAGGCAUUGGGGCACAAACAGCAUUGAAGCUUAUACGCCAACAUGGUUCCUUAGAGAAAAUCUUGGAAAAUUUGAAUAAAGACAGGUAUCAGAUUCCAGAGGAUUGGCCAUAUGAGAGAGCUAGAAGCCUUUUCAAAGAACCACUAGUCACUCCUGAAGAAAGUCAACCAGAUCUUAAGUGGAUUGCUCCAGAUGAAGAGGGUUUGAAAAACUUCCUUGUGAAUGAAAAUGGAUUCAAUCAUGAGCGGGUGACAAAGGCAAUAGAAAAAAUUAAAGUUGCAAAGAGUAAGGCAUCUCAAGGGCGUUUGGAAUCAUUUUUCAAGCCUACUAUAAAUACAACAGUUCCAGCAAAACGAAAGGAAACCACUACAGCCAAGCAAGGUAAAGAAUCUGCAAACAAGAAAUCAAAGGCUGGGAAAAAGUAACAACGACAUUUUUAUGGCACAGAGAUACUACAAAUCCUCUGAGGAAGCAUUUUGGAAGAUUGUGCUAAACUUACAUGACAUGAGUAUGGACAUUGCCAAAAAGUGGGCAAGCUAAAGAGUUGAAUGUUGACUUAUGACCUGAUAAACUGUUACAGAAAACUUGGAAGAUGUUUCCAAUCCAAUAAGUAUGUUAAAAUGCUAGAACAAACAAAUAAGAUGCAAAUAACUCAAAAGCUCAUGUUUUGGUAAAUUAUUGGAGAGUCGAUUCUUCAGGUCUGAGUUUCUCGAGUUUUUCUGAGGUUUUCACAUAGCCUACCAAAGCUUAAAUGGUGUUGGUUUGUGUGAAUGUUUUGGCUAACAUGAUGAAUUAUAGAGUUUGACACAUUCUAAUUAUUUUUUGUCCCCUUUCAUCUGGACAGGAUUUAAUUGCCAUCUGGUUAAAUAACAGCAA